AUGUGGUUUAUGCGGCAAAAAGUUGUCGUACAGAACCAGCACGACGAACUUGAAGAAACAUAUCGAAAGGUCGCAUACAAUGGUGAACUUUGCGACAAAUUCUUCAAGAUCCGUCGACCCUAUGUUGCCAGAGCCUGGAGCAACAGUGCAACAGAGCGCCUCUUAACAUGUCAACAGAAAAGUGGCAAAGUAAACAUCAAGAAAUUGAUCCAGGACUUGUCCACAAGGUGGAAUUCAACCCUGUUUAUGUUGGAACGUAUUGUUGAAUUAUCAGAGGCUGUGAAAAUUACAGUUGCCCUUUGUAAAAGGCCCACAGAACUUCCGUCACAGUCAAAUGAUGAGUGGGAAAUCUGCUCUGAACUCUGUUCGAAUUUGAAACCGUUUGAGCAGGUUUCGAGGCAGCUCAGUGCAGAGGAGUACCAAACUGGCAGCUUGAUAAUCCUGACACGUGUCCUUCUGGCAGUGUGCGACGAAGUAGUCAAAAUGCAGUUACAUGAAGUUUCAAUGAAAGUUGUUGAUGCACUGGAAGAGGGGCUUACAAACCGGUUUUCGAAUCUUGAGCAGAGCAAAUCCAUUGUCCUUGCUACUCUUCUGGAUCCACGUUUCAAAUUGCUGGCAUUUCAGAACCAUACAACAGCAGACAACACGAAUAAACAGUUCAUUAAUAUUGUUGCCCAGAAACUGGAAAAAUAUGUGCCAGUAGGUAUUCAGCCUUCACAAUCUGUUGAGCCAAAUAAUUUGGCAACUGAGUCCUUCUCUGUGUGGGGCAUAUUUGAUAAGUUAGUGAAACAUGCACAGCCACAGGGCACAGUACAGUCAUGUGCUAUUGUAGAGGUUCAAAGGUAUGUUGACAGCUCAGUCAUCAGUAGAAAUGAGGAUCCUCUGGCAUGGUUGAGACAAAAUCAGUACAUAUACCCAACCAUUGCAGAAGUAGUGCAAGAGAGAUUUAAUGUUGUAGCAACUUCUGUGCCUUGUGAGAGGGUGUUCUCAGAAACGGGACAUUUAAUAAAUGACAGAAGGACCCGCCUCAAGCCAUCGAAUAUAGAAAAACUAAUAUUUCUGAAUGCCAAUGAUACCUGUGAUUAG